AUGGCGGACUUCUUCAACCUCAAAGCGCGACAAGCGGCAGCUGCGCAGGCCAGUUCAUCGAAGGCUCCCACAACCAACCGUCCGAAGACCCUUUCCGAAGUUACAGCACAAGACAAUACGAUCCAAAUCCUUUCCCGCACCCUCCAAUCCGCCAACCUCCCCCACAUGCUCUUCUAUGGCCCACCCGGCACCGGAAAGACCUCCACCAUCCUCGCCCUCGCAAAACAGCUCUACGGCCCCGAACUCAUGAAAUCGCGCGUGCUCGAGCUCAAUGCCUCCGACGAACGUGGAAUCUCCAUCGUUCGGGCGAAAGUGAAGGACUUCGCGAGGCAACAGCUCUCCGCUGCGCCGACGCAUAACAUCAUGGUGGAGGAUGAAAAUGCGGAAAGCGGCGUCAAGCAGGUGAGGUAUAGGGAUAGAUAUCCGUGCCCGCCGUUCAAGAUUAUUGUGCUGGAUGAGGCGGAUAGCAUGACGCAGGAUGCGCAGAGCGCGCUGAGGAGGACGAUGGAGACAUACAGUAAGAUGACGAGGUUCUGCUUGGUGUGUAAUUAUGUAACGAGGAUUAUUGAUCCGUUGGCGUCGAGGUGCAGCAAGUUCCGAUUCAAGAGCUUAGAUCAGGGCAAUGCGGUCAAGCGUGUAGAGGAUAUCGCGAAGCUUGAGGGUGUUAACCUUGAUCAAGGUGUGAGCGAGGAGCUCGUGAGGGUUGCAGAGGGGGAUUUGAGGAAAGCUAUCACGUUUCUGCAAUCUGCGGCACGGCUCGUUGGCGCAGCUCAGAAAGAGGGUGCUGCAACAGGAAAGCGGAAGGCGCGCGCCGUUGUUGAUGAAGACGAAAUGGAUAUUGACCCAGCGGCUCCCUCCGUCACAAAAACCCACAUCGCGGAGAUUGCCGGUGUUAUCCCCGAAACGACCCUCGAAUCGCUCACAUCUGCCAUCUUCCCCGGUUCGCAAUCACAAUUACAGUAUACUAAGAUUGCGAAGGUGGUCGAGGAUAUGAUAGCGGAGGGUUGGAGUGCGGCACAGACAGUUGGGCAGCUGUACGAAAAAGUACUUUAUGAUGAGCGUGUGGGCGAUCUGCAGAAGAUGAGGAUUACAGGUCUGUUUAGCGAGGUGGAUAAGAGGUUAGGAGAUGGAGGAGAUGAGCAUCUGGCUGUGUUAGAUCUGGGAUUGCGGAUUAGUGGUGUGCUAUGCCAGGGUUAG